CCCUCUCUCUCUCUCUCUCUCUCGCUCACUCGCGCGCUCCCUCCGAAUCACCACAGACGCAGGACUGACAGCCCGCAUCGGACCGCCGGCAGCCCCCCUCGAGCAGCCAGCUCUCCCCGUUCCCUCCUUGAACUUUGCCGGCGUGUUUUAUUUAUGAGCUCCCCUCCCUCCCCCUCGGCACAGGGGGGCACCGAGUGGCAUUGAGCGGUCUGCAGGAGUGCGCGAGGAGCGGAGCGGCGACUAUGAGGACAGCAUGAUCGCAGUGCGGUGGGUGCUUUUUGCUGCAGCGAGCUCCGGCGUGACGCUUUCAGGAAUCGGCGGCGCCGCCACGUCGGAAGUGGGGGUCGGCGGGGAGGUCACUCGGCCCCGACGGCUGCUGCGGCACGGACACACGGAUGACGAGGUGCCGCACGGCCGGCUGGACACCAGGGUCGGGGCGCAGGGCCCGGGGACGCCGCCGAUUCAUGUGGCACAGGCCAGCUUCCUCGUCAACGCCUUUGGCCAGUCCUUCAUAUUGGACCUUGAGUUAAACCACCACCUGCUGUCCUCCAAAUACAUAGAGAGGCACUUCGAGGGCACCAAAGCUGUGCAAACCGAGGGGGGCGAGCACUGCUACUACCACGGUGAAGUCCGGGAGACCAUUGGCUCCUUUGUGGCUUUGUCCACAUGUCAAGGUUUGCACGGAGUUUUCUCUGAUGGCAACAUCACCUACAUCAUUCAGCCAACACCUGGCAGCAGUGAACAGGAUGCCGAUCUCCAUGUGAUAUACCAGACCCCCGGCCUCCUGCGUCUGAGCCCUCCGUGUCCAGACUGCCCCGAUGAUGAUGAUAAUGAUGAAGGUCUCCUGUUGGAUGCUAGAGAUUUGUCUAACGAGCCGCAGCGGAGGUCCAAGAGGCAGGUGAGCCGUGUGCAGCACACUGUCCAAAGUGAGACCAAGUACAUUGAGCUGAUGGUGGUGAAUGAUCGGCGGCUGUUUGAACAGUUUCGACUGAGCAGUGUGUUGACCAGAAACUUUGCCAAGGCUGUGGUGAACCUGGCCGAUAUGAUAUACAAAGAACAGCUCAACACCAGGAUUGUCCUCGUUGCCAUGGAGACAUGGGCAUCCGGGGAUCUGGUGCCCAUUGCUGACAACCCCCUAGUAACUCUGGAGGACUUCAUGAAGUACAGAAUGGACAACAUCAAGGAGCACAGUGAUGCCGUCCACCUGUUCUCGGGGAAGACCUUCCGGAGCAGUCGCAGUGGCACGGCCUACAUUGGUGGCAUCUGCUCGCUCAGCCGAGGUGGUGGCGUCAAUGAGUAUGGGAACGUGGGCUCCAUGGCCAUCACGCUGUCUCAGAGCCUGGGCCAGAACAUUGGCAUGAUGUGGAACAAGCAGCGGAGCGCGGCAGGGGAGUGCAAGUGUCCGGACUCCUGGCUGGGCUGCAUAAUGGAGGACACUGGGUACUACCUGCCCAAGAAGUUCUCCCGCUGCAGCAUCGACGAGUACAGCCGCUUCCUGCAAGACGGCGGGGGCAGCUGCCUCUUCAACAAGCCCCUCAAGCUCUUGGACCCCCCAGAGUGUGGCAAUGGCUUUGUUGAGACUGGAGAAGAGUGUGACUGUGGCUCACCUAUGGAGUGUGCCAGGAGCGGCGGAUUGUGCUGUAAGAAGUGCACACUCACUCAUGAUGCCAUGUGCAGCAAUGGGCUGUGCUGUCAGGGCUGUAAGUACGAGCCCCGGGGGGUGGUGUGUCGAGAGGCGGUCAAUGACUGCGACAUCCCAGAAUCGUGCACCGGAGACUCCAGCCAGUGUCCUGCCAAUGUGCACAAGCUAGAUGGCUAUGGGUGUGAAGCUGGCCAGGGCCGCUGUUACAAUGGGCAGUGCAAGACUAGAGAUGGGCAAUGCCGCAGCCUGUGGGGGCACAGCUCUGCUGACCGCAUCUGCUAUGAGAAGCUGAACACGGAAGGGACAGAAAAGGGCAACUGUGGCCGAGAGGGUGACGCCUGGGUGCAGUGCAACAAGCAGGACGUGCUGUGUGGAUUCCUCUUCUGCAACAACAUCAGCGGCGCGCCACGGUACGGGGAUCUGAGCGGGGAUGUCACCAGCGUCACCAUCUACCACCAGAACAAGUACCUGGACUGCAGGGGUGGACAUGCCAUGCUGGACGAUGGGACUGACCUGGGCUACGUAGACGAUGGCACGCCCUGUGGCCCCAACAUGAUGUGCCUGGACCACCGCUGUCUGCCGCUGUCCUCCUUCAACCUGAGCACCUGCCCUGGCAGCAUGGAUGGCCGCAUCUGUUCUGAGCAUGGGGUGUGCAGCAACGAGGUGAAGUGCAUCUGUGACCGGGACUGGACUGGCACCGACUGCAGCGUCUACGACCCGAUCCCUAAGCCGAAGCUGCCCGGAGAGCCCGAGAAGUACAGGGAAACAUCCGAAGAGGAAGAUCUGGAGGAGCGUAGCCCUGCCACCCGAUGCGCCCUGCCCGCUCCGCCCCGUCUCCCUUGCCUAGAUGAGUUUCACAGCAGUCUGUCCCUCCAGCCGUUAGAAACCCUGUGGAGCACAACAGGGGGACAUGUGCACUCCCAGGUGUUGCCAGUAGGGUGCGCUUGCACCCCGAGUAGCUCAGCAGAUUUUUCAAUCUUUUUUUCUUCUUCCCCUGUUGGACUUCCCUCAGACCAGAGUGGGCUGGCAGAGGCAAUUGGGGGCAGCAGCUCGGGUGGGGAGCAUUUUAGGAGGCUUCUUUCAGCUUUGCUUCUGCCCCUCAUAGGACAUCUCUGCAGGAAUGAGCAGACCAUGUGGAGGGCUGCACUCUGGAUGACGGGGACAGUCUGCACUCCUUGUCGAGGCUCCUGGAGCUGUGAGAGAUGGCAGAAGACAUUUGAGUGCCCACCUGCCUGUCGGGAGGCCCCUUCACUCUUUUUUUUGUUAGUCUGGACUCUCUUCUAAGGACCGAGGACACGCUGCUACUGCAUACUUUCCCACUCGCCCCUUUCAGCCACAGCCAGCGCAGCAGCACCAAGGGGGCAGCGUUCCAUGGUGCGCCACCUGCGCGGGCUGUCAGGGGCAGAGGAUUACAUUCCAUCAGGUUUGUUCAGAGGUGACUGCCAGCCCUGCGGAGGAGCCACUUCCAGGGCCAAUCAAGAUGACCAAACACAGAGAUACUGCCACCCCUUGCCCACCCGUAAAGAGAGAGAGGAGAAGAGCACUGGUCCCCUCAAUCCACACAGGCUAUCGUGCAACACAGAGAUACUGCCACCCCUUGCCCACCCGUAAAGAGAGAGAGGAGAAGAGCACUGGUCCCCUCAAUCCACACAGGCUAUCGUGCAGAACAGCCACCCAGAGCCCCAUCGAGCCAUCUGAUGGGGGCGACGCCGAGUGUGCCCGACGCAACUUGGCCUUCGCAGCCGUCUUUCCUUCUCGGACCCUGUGUGUCUGCUGGCAUGCGCUGGCGCUGCCUUGCUGCAGACGAACAGAGUCUCAAAUCUGCCCGUGGGUCCUUGCCUCAGCCUGCCUGCCCUCUGCACUGGAGUACCAAUGUGCUUGCCAAUGUGCCCGAAACGAACAAUACAGAGAGAUGGGAGGGUGGCAAUUUGUAGGCUGGCAAAGCAUCAUGGGUAAGGGCAAAUAUGCAAAUAUGGGCAGCUGCUCCUCCCUGCCUUCCUGUGUGCGGGUUGGCGUCGUGUGAGGAUUACUGCCCACUGGAGCAGUGCUAGCCGCUGUCCAGGCCCCCUAGCACUGAGUGUACAUAGCAGACAUAUAAGACGUGUAUACGAUAUAUAUAAGUAAAUAAAUAAAGAAAUAAAGAAAUAUAUAGGGAGCGAGAGAGUGCGGACUCGACACGUGGCGACCUGCAGCGGCCCUCACGGCCACGGACCUCGGGGGCGCCGCUGGGACUUCUUCGGCUCCUUCGUCGUCAUCAAGCUCUAAGUCUCCCCUGCCGGAGCGGGCACACCUGCGCUUGAUCUCGUCUCGAGGUCCUCCACCCAGCUGGACCCUCUCAAGCCCACCGGCAGGCAGAGCGCGUGAUUUAAAACAGGGAUGGAGUCGGACUCGGAUUCCAUAGGGCUGGCCCCCCACCAGUGUAGAAUCUCAGGAAUUUGAAUUGUGAUGUUCUCAAAAGGCGCUAUAUGAAGAGCAGCACUUACGGGGACGUGAGCCCCAAGCCGUGGGUGGACGACACCCUGACAGGAGACCAAUCCACACGGCGGACACAGCAAAGGGCGGCCCACCCUGCCGCUAUUCUCAGGGCCUCCGGACCCCCUGAAUUAAAUCCUUAGGACCGAACUCCCUGGCGUGCCCCUUGGGGGCCUGGCCGCAGUCUCGCUCGACGAGCACCUAUGAGCACAACCGCUUCGUUUUGUACGCGCGUGUAAAUACGGCGGGCCAGCCGCUCCGACCUGUACAUUUGUUUCUAGGCCUGCGUCUCCGUGUAAAUAGCGCAGGGAACCCGGCGGACGUUCCUACCUGCUCCUGAUUGACUACAUCGGGAAGAAGGGGGCUUGUGGGGACUGCAUGAACCUCGCUUGACCCGCCGUCUCCCUCAGGCAUCGGACUGGCCAGCUUUGUACUGCAUCACCACAGGACGCCCGUCGACCGCCAUUUGUAAAGCCAUGUGUUGAACCGAGUCAUGGAUAGAACUGCUGCUGAAUGUAGAAUAAAGCCGAGAAUAUAUACACCUGCCAGGC